CUAUUUUAUACUCUUUAAUUCAUAUUUCUCUUUGAUAUUUUAUCUUUAAUUCGUAAUAAAUUUUUGUGAAUUUCACUUUUAACACAUUGAAUAUUAUAUAUGUUUGUAAUCUUCUUUCAAUAUGUGUAUAACACACAUAUCGAGAAUGUAAAUAAAGUAGGUCAAUAAAUUUAUUGAGAGUUGAUUCUUGACGAAAAUCUAGAACGAAUUGUGUGUAUUCAGUACAAGAAUGUCACAACAAAGUACUAUCGUGCAAACAACUAACACAGCUUCCGAGAUAACACCUAUGCUUGGGACUUUACAAUCUGCAGGCCCUAAUAAUCAGACCUCAUCGGUUUUAUCUAACAUGCAAAGCAAUGUCAGUGGUACCACGGCAACUACUAUACCACAGACGCAAUCUCAACAAACUCAAUACAUCUCGCAGUCUCCGAAACAAGUAUUACAACAAUCGUCCACUCCAAGUUCUUUCAGUGAUUUUCCACAAUUUUUAACAAAAACAAGAUUGCAAGAUUUGGUAAGGGAAGUAGAUCCUACUGAACAAUUAGAUGAAGAAGUGGAAGAAAUGCUUUUACAAUUAGCGGAUGAUUUUGUAGAGACAACAGUAAAUGCAGCUUGUUUAUUGGCUAAGCAUCGUCAUGCAAAUACAGUGGAAGUUAAAGAUGUACAGUUACAUUUGGAAAGAAAUUGGAACAUGUGGAUCCCUGGUUUUGGUACAGAUGAAGUACGUCCAUACAAGCGAGCUACUGUCACUGAAGCGCAUAAACAAAGAUUAGCACUUAUACGAAAAUCUAUCAAAAAGUAUUAAAUCAUUUCAAUAGAUCAUUAACAGAGCACUAACAAUAUUAAGUAAAGAAACUGAAAAAUAACUACACUUUGGCUUUUAUUUGCCAGUUUCUCUACUUAGUAAAAUAUUCAUGUCAAAAUUUUCUUUUUUCACGAAAGUGCCGAUUGUUAUACAGUUUUAUAAUAAAUAAUAAAAAUGCAUUUGUGUGUUAUGAGAA